CAAGGUGAUACUUUGAAAGCUAAUAUUCCAUUUGAAAACAGCCGGACAUAGGCUACACCACUCAAAGACCCCAGGAGCGGCGUGCGUAAGAGGUAAGAACUUUUUGAAGGGCAUUCAUCAGUAAAACAAAUCAGGGAUGGACCAUGUCAAAGUACCAUUCUAAAGUGUGCCUGUCAUAAUUUUGGGGGGCAUUUCCUUGCAACUUUAAACCUCUUAUUUGAUUGCUUUGCUGAACCAUUUAAACCUUGGAGAAUAAUAUUGUUGUAGUCUUAUGAAAACGCAUUCAUUAUGCGUGGAAACGCCUAAACGUAUUUAUUGAAAUUUUAAAUCGGCUAAAUAGUUUAUUAAAUUAUCCAUGUCUAUUGGCGUAGGUUUGGGCAUAACUUGAAUCAGGGGUGCAUGCAUGCAUGUUGAAGAGUGUGUCGCUUUGACAGACAUAUCUGCGGCCCCUGGGCGAUAGGCCUAUAUAGCCUCUUCAUUGUCUGGGGUAGAACAUAUAAAUCCACGGCAAUUAGCAUAAUGAGGCUUAAAUCAGAUACCCAAGGCUAACUGACUCUCUCCACAUGGAGAUAUUCAUAUUUAAAGAUCCUCAAAGCAAUUGUAAACAAUAUGUAGGCUACAGGCAAUGGCACUUAUAGUAAGAUCAACUGUCAUAUUCAAAAAUGGACAUUAUUAAUCACACACACACACACCUUUCACGUGUCAGAACUUAUGACAAAUGAAUAGCCUAGCAUUUGAAACCUAUUUGCACCUACAUUAGAUGGGGUAGCCAACUGGGGAUCACCAUAUAUCUCCCCGCCACUGCAAGCCUCCGGGCGGAGCAGCCAUAGAUCGGGAGAAAGGGCUCUCAUUUAACUCAAAUACUCAGGGAGCUAAGUAAAUAUUUAGCCAUGCACAUUCUGUCCCGUCCAGGCCUAUGUAAAGUGUUCCCUCAUGGCUGGCUGGCAAAGAUUCGCUAGCGAAUACAGAAAAACGGAUUUCUUGACCUGUGGGCUAUGGCAUGUUCCAGUUUAUUGUAACUCAUUGUAUUGUCAUUUAAAAAAAUGUUUUUCUCAAAUACAUUACAGUUAAAAGUAAGCCUUAUCUAAGAUAGGCUGUAUUUUAGGCUUAUGAUAAUCCCUGUAAAUAUGUCUGAAAUGACCUUGUCGUUACACUAUACUGUAUUAUUGGCAUGGCAAAAAACGAGCUAAUUUAUAAUAGGUAGCCUAUAUGCUUCCAUCAUAACUGAUAAAUCAAGAUUUGUAGCAUUCAAACAUUCAGAUAUUGUUAGAUCUUGAUAAAUGUUCAUGCUCCUGCAUUUGGUGACAAUAUAAGAAAGUGAAAAUAUGGAUGAUAUUGAUAUAAACGUAUAUAGGCCUAUCAGGUUAUAAGCGUUCAAUUAUUAUUAUUAUAUUAAACUUGUAUUACCCAUUUUUAUAAUUUCACUUCAUACAUUCUACAUUUCUGCAUUAUCAAUUACAAUAUUAAAUGUUAAACUCGUGAUAGGGGUCUGACACUAUAAUUAGGCUACUGUAUUUAGAUUAUUGUUGUGUUAGCCUACACAUUCCCGCUGUCACCCUUAGGGCUUUCAUUCCCAAGAGCAUAUAAAAUAAAAGACUGCUAAAUAUAGCAAAUAAAUAGAUCCAAAACAGACAUCCUUGAAUUCACCUAUUUGAGGGAUUGAAAAUUAUAUUCAAAUAAAUAUUAUUGCAGGCCUACUUAUAAUUAUUCUUAAAAUACCAACAUUGCAGUCAGUAUUCCAAAUUAUGAACGCAAUAUGCACGCAAAUAAAGCGAUACCAACUUGUCUUAAUAAAUAAAUAAUAAUAAUAAUAACAAAAAUAAACAUGAUUCGUCAUUACUUUAAAAAAAAUUAACAGUUUGCGAUUAAAUUCUCAACGCACUGACAAACAUUUUGAUUUAUGUCGUAGGCUUGGAUCAUUUUAUCGUAAUCUAUGUGUAAAUACAAAUUACCUAGGCUAUUAAACACGCUAAUUUGCUAACACAUGUAUAUGACAAUAAUUAUGCAAUUUAUAGGACUCUUAAUGAAAACAUUAUAGCAUUUAAUAAUUUAGUCUGCCGGUCACGCCAAUUUAUUUGCUUUUAUGUGAUUUUUCAGAGCAAAGUCCCCGAUUAAUUUCUGAUUAUUGUGUAGUUUUCUGUUGACCUUUCAUUGUCGUUUUUAACUUCAGCUUGCGCUGUAGGGACUCUAUAUGUUGCCUAUUUAGUAGGCCCACGACGCUUUGCUUUCAGGCACAACGUCAAGUGCGACAUAAAAAUAAUGAAUAUCAAUAUCAGCAUUAAUGUUGAGAUAACACAGGAGGAUAGGCUAAUUAUUUCAUACAGCCCCUGGGGCUUUAGUGGGGGGAACUCUCUUGGGACAGGCUGGUUAAAUAGCGAGCUUUGCGUGGGAACAGAGGGUUAGGGUUAGUGGAGGCUGGCUUGGCUUCUCAAUGCCAUCAUAUUAUAAUGUCUCACUCUCAGCUUUAAUCUAUACAAAGACAAAUAUUUACAGUUAUAGCCAUAUAAUAACUGAUGCAAUAUUGGAUCAUCUCCAAAUGCAGGUGCCCCAUUAAAGGUAUUAGAAGUUAGCUAUUGACAGGCGAAAUGGUUUUAAUAAAAUGUAUGGGAAUGGAAAAUGAAGAUAUAAUAAAAGUAGGUGAUAAUAACUUAAGCCUACUUGAUCUUUGAAUGAUCUAUUAAUCUAUAUCUACAGGCUAUUUACAAGACUAUAGCCUUGAUAAAUCCACACUGAUAUUACACUAUGGUUUUAGGCUUUAAUUCAACAAUAAAUAACAAUACAUUGUUUGACUUGUAGCUACACAUAACCUCAAAAUUGUGUAAUUACAAAUGCCCAUAAACAACAACUUUUCCCACUUUGUUUGAAGUUGACGGCAGCCAUGCAGCACUACGGAGUGAAUGGAUAUUCUCUCCACGCAAUGAACUCACUAAGCGCCAUGUACAACCUCCACCAGCAGGCGGCGCAGCAGGCGCAGCACGCGCCUGACUACCGGCCGUCGGUGCACGCGCUCACCCUGGCAGAGAGACUGGCUGGUAACAUUUACAUUUACAUUUUAGUCAUUUAGCAGACGCUCUUAUCCAGAGCGACUUACAGUUAGUGAAUGCAUACAUGUUUUUUUUGUGGUUUUUUUCAUACUGGCCCCCCGUGGGAAACGAACCCACAUCCCUGCCGGCCAAACCCUCCCCUACCUUGGAUGACGCUGGACCAAUUGUGCGCCGCCCAUAUAGCCUAAAUCUGUCCAUAAGUCAGAACUAUUUGCAAUACAAUUAGGCAAAUGCUAUGUGAUGGACAAGUCUGUUGUCUUGUUAAAGGACUCUUGACAUAGUUGAACUAAGUGUCUUACGCUAUAAAUUGAUGCAUUUACUUAAAUCCACAUUCUGAGCCCAUCUCUCAAUUAAAUUGUCCCUGUAUCUUUUCCUUCAACGGCUGCACAUUUCAAGACAUCAUCCUUGAGGCCCGGUAUGGCUCCCAGCACCGAAAGCAGCGGCGCAGUCGCACAGCCUUUACUGCCCAGCAGCUGGAGGCCCUGGAAAAGACCUUCCAGAAGACCCACUACCCUGACGUGGUGAUGCGUGAGCGCCUGGCCAUGUGCACCAACCUGCCAGAGGCCCGUGUGCAGGUGAGGAUACUAUGGAGUCAAAAGAAAGUAUUUCACCUGGUUCUCAUCUUCUGAGGUGGAGUGAGGAUGAUAAAGAGCAAUACUUACUUAAUCCUCUUCAUUCCUGGAGAAACAUAGCAGGGCCCAUACCAAAGGUCUCCAAUGCUGUCAGUCUUGGGCAGAUUAAUUUUUUUCUGGCCAUGACUAUUGGAUGUUUUUGAAUUCUGCUGACAGGAAGAGCAAAAUAUACUGAACAAAAAUAUAUAAAAACGUAAAGUGUUGGUCUCAUGUUUCAUUAGCUGAAAUAAAAGAUCCCAGAAAUGUUCCAUACUCACAAAAAGGUUUAUUUCUCUCAAAUUUUGUGCACAAAUUUGUUUACAUACCUGUUAGUGAGCAUUUCUCCUUUGCCAAGAUAAACCAUCCACCUAAUGUGUGGCAUAUCAAGAAGCUGAUUAAACAGCAUGAUCAUUACACAGGUUCACCUUAUGCUGGGGGCAAUAAAAGGCCACUGUAAAAUGUGCAGUUUUUUCACACAAUACAAUGCCACAGAUGUAUCAAGUUCUGAGGGAGCAUGCUAUUGGCAUGGUGACAUCAGGAAUGUCCACCAGAGCUGUUGUCAGAGAAUUUAAUGUUAAUUUCUCUACCAUAAGCCGCCUACAACAUUGUUUUAGAGAAUUUGGCAGUACGUCCAACCGGCCUCACAACCAUGUGUAUGGCGUCGUGUGGGCGAGAGGUUUGCUGAUGUCAACGUUGUGAACCGAGUGCCCCAUGGUGGCGGUGGAGUUAUGGUAUGGGCAGGCAUAAGCUACAGACAACGAACACAGUUGUAUUUUAUCGACGGCAAUUUAAAAUACACACAAUUUGAAUACACACAAUGCACACCAUUUUUUUUACAUCCCUGUUAGUGUGCAUUUCUCCUUUGCCAAGAUAAUCCAUCCACCUGACAGGUGUGGCAUAUCAAGAAGCUGAUUAAACAGCAUGAUCAUUAAAUAGGUCACCUUGUGCUGAGGACAAUAAAAGGCAACUCUAAAAUGUGCAGUUUUGUCACAAGUUUUGAGGGAGCGUUCAAUUGGCAUGCUGACUGCAGGAAUAUCCACCAGAGAUGUUGCCAGAUAAUUUAAUGUUAAUUUCUCUACCAUAAGCUGCCUCCAACAUCGUUUUAGAGAACUUGUCAGUACAUCCAACCGGCCUCACAACCGCAGACCACGUGUAACCACGCCAGCCCAUGACCUCCACAUCCGGCUUCUUCACCUUCAGGCCAGCUGAUGAAACUGUGGGUUUGCACAACCAAAUAAUUUCUGCACAAACUGUCAGAAACCGUCUCAGGGAAGCUCAUCUGUGUGCUCGUUGUCCUCACCAGAGUCUUGACCUGACUGCAGUUUGGCGUCGUAACCAACUUCAGUAGGCAAAUGCUCACCUUCGAUGGCCACUGGCAUGCUGGAGAAGUGUGCUCUUCACGGAUGAAUCCCGGUUUCAACUGUACCGGACAGAUGGCAGAUAGCGUGUCUGGCAUCAUGUGGGCGAGCGGUUUGCUGAUGUCAACGUUGUGAACAGAGUGCCCCAUGCUGGCGGUGGAGUUAUGGUAUGGGCAGGCAUAAAGUACAGACAACGAACACAAUUGCAUUUUAUCGAUGGCAAUUUGAAUGCACAGAGAUACCGUGACGAGAUCCUGAGGCCCACUGUAGUGCCAUUCAUCCGCCGCCAUCAACUCAUGUUUUAGCAUGAUAUUGCACGGCCCCAUGUCUCAAGGAUCUGUACACAAUUCUUGGAAGCUGAAAAUAUCCCAGUUCUUCCAUGGCCUUUAUACUCACCAGACAUGUCACCCAUUGAGCAUGUUUGGGAUGCUCUGGAUCGACGUGUAUGACAGCGUGUUCCAGUUCCUGCCAAUAUCCAGCAACUUCGCACAGCCAUUGAAGAGAAGUGGGACAACAUUUCACAGGCCACAAUCUACAGCCUGAUCAAUUCUAUGUGAAGGAGAUGUGUCGCGCUGCAUGAGGCAAAUGGUGGUCACACUAGAUACUGACUGGUUUUCUGAUCCAUGCCCCUACCUUUUUUAAAAAGGUAUCUGUGACCAACAGAUGGAUAUCUGUAUUCCCAGUCAUGUCAAAUCCAUAGAUUAGGGCCUAAUGAAUUCAUUUAAAUUGAUUAAUUUCCAUAUAUAAACUGUAACUCAGUAAAAUCUUUGAAAUUGUUGCAUGUUGCCUUUAUAUUUUUGUUCAGUGUAGAAGUAAAAUUGUUAUCAGUUAAAAUUAUAUUUGUGAGAAUCAACAAUGUACACAUUUGACACAUCAAAGAUGUCUAUAAAAUCAAAUCACCAAUAUUGACAGUACCAGAAGCCUUGGCUAUGAUAGAGAACUACAGUUUUCAUAGCAGUACAUUUCAGCCAAAAGAUGAUCUGAGAUUCAAAAGUAAUUACAUUGUGUUAUUACUGUAAAACAACUGAAAUCCUUCCUCUCACCAGGUGUGGUUCAAAAACCGCCGCGCCAAGUUCCGCAAGAAGCAGCGCAGCCUCCAGAAGGAGCAGCUCCAGAAACAGAAGGAGGCCAACGGAGAGGGGUGUGACAAGGAGGAGGUCAAGACCAAGGACACCUCCACCACGAGUGUGCCCUCCACCCAGAGCCCUCCACCUCCCUCCUCCUCCACGUCCUCCUCCCUCUUGGAGUCGAUGCGGCCCCAGCCUGCAGAGAUGAACGUGGAGGUGAACGUCACCUCCCCAGAGCCCUCAGACAGCGAGUCAGCCACCGAAGACAACGGUGAGGGAGAGGAAGAGCUGAGGAGGGAGAGGCUGCAGGAGGGAACGCAGCAGCAGCAUCAGGGGGAGGUGCAGCAGGAGGAUGCAGGGCUGCAGCCGGGAUGUGGAUCUCCGUCCUGCAAACGCCUCAGCCCCACACCAGGUGAGAACUCCUCUAUCAUAGUCACAGAUAUUGGGCCAUACAUACAGUGAGGGAAAAAAGUAUUUGAUCCCCUGCUGAUUUUGUACGUUUGCCCACUGACAAAGACAUGAUCAGUCUAUAAUUUUAAAUGGUAGGUUUAUUUGAACAGUGAGAGACAGAAUAACAACAACAAAAAUCCAGAAAAACGCAUGUCAAAAAUGUUAUAAAUUGAUUUUCCUUUUAAUGAGGAUAAUAAGUAUUUGACCCCUCUGCAAAACAUGACUUAGUACUUGGUGGCAAGACCCUUGUUGGCAAUCACAGAGGUCAGAUGUUUCUUGUAGUUGGCCACCAGGUUUGCACACAUCUCAGGAGGGAUUUUGUCCCACUCAUCUUUGCAGAUCUUCUCCAAGUCAUUAAGGUUUGAGGCUGACGUUUGGCAACUCGAACCUUCAGCUCCCUCCACAGAUUUUCUAUGGGAUUAAGGUCUGGAGACUGGCUAGGCCACUCCAGGACUUUAAUGUGCUUCCUCUUGAGCCACUCCUUUGUUGCCUUGACCGUGUGUUUUGGGUCAUUGUCAUGCUGGAAUACCCAUCCACGACCCAUUUUCAAUGCCCUGGCUGAGGGAAGGAGGUUCUCACCCAAGAUUUGACGGUACAUGGCCCCGUCCAUCGUCCCUUUGAUGCGGUGAAGUUGUCCUGUCCCCUUAGCAGAAAAACACCCCCCUAAGCAUAAUGUUUCCACCUUCAUGUUUGACGGUGGGGAUGGUGUUCUUGGGGUCAUAGGCAGCAUUCCUCCUCCUCCAAACACGGCGAGUUGAGUUGAUGCCAAAGAGCUCGAUUUUGGUCUCAUCUGACCACAACACUUUCACCCAGUUCUCCUCUGAAUCAUUCAGAUGUUCAUUGGCAAACUUCAGACGGGCCUGUAUAUGUGCUUUCUUGAGCAGGGGGACCUUGCGAGCGCUGCAGGAUUUCAGUCCUUCACGGCGUAGUGUGUAACCAAUUGUUUUCUUGGUGACUAUGGUCCCAGCUGCCUUGAGAUCAUUGACAAGAUCCUCCCGUGUAGUUAUGGGCUGAUUCCUCACCAUUCUCAUGAUCAUUGCAACUCCACGAGGUGAGAUCUUGCAUGGAGCCCCAGGCCGAGGGAGAUUGACAGUUAUUUUGUGUUUCUUCCAUUUGCGAAUAAUCGCACCAACUGUUGUCACCUUCUCACCAAGCUGCUUGGCGAUGGUCUUGUAGCCCAUUCCAGCCUUGUGUAGGUCUACAAUCUUGUCCCUGACAUCCUUGGAGAGCUCUUUGGUCUUGGCCAUGGUGGAGAGUUUCUGUGGACAGGUGUCUUUUAUACAGGUAACAAACUGAGAUUAGGAGCACUCCCUUUAAGAGUGUGCUCCUAAUCUCAGCUCGUUACCUGUAUAAAAGACACCUGGGAGCCAGAAAUCUUUCUGACUUAGAGGGGGUCAAAUACUUAUUUCCCUCAUUAAAAUGCAAAUCAAUUUAUAACAUUUUUGACAUGCGUUUUUCUGGAUUUUGUUGUUGUUAUUCUGUCUCUCACUGUUCAAAUAAACCUACCAUUAAAAUUAUAGACUGAUCAUUUCUUUGUCAGUGGGCAAACGUACAAAAUCAGCAGGGGAUCAAAUACUUUUUUCCCCCUCACUGUAGAGACUGUGAGCCAGCUUAUAAAACGGAAUUGUCUUUUAUUAGUCAUUGCAACAAACACUGAACAAUUCUAUGAAGUGCAUAAACUAUACAUAAACAGUGGUGGUUAUUUAUGCAAUAAGGCCCAAGGGGGUGUGGAAUAUUGGCCAUUAUGAACUGGGUGGUUUGGCUGACAGCCGUGGUAUACCACGUGUAUGACAAAACAUUUAUUUUUACUGCUCUAAUUAUGUUGGUAACCAGUUUGUAAUAGCAAUAAGGCACCUCGGGGGGGUUGUUAUAUAUGGCCAAUAUACCACGGCUAAGGGCUGUGUCCAGGCACUCCACGUUGCAUGCUUAAGAACAGCCCUUAGCCGUGGUAUAUUGGCCAUAUACCACACCCCCUCGGGCCUUAUUGCUUAAAUAUACCACAGCUAAGGGCUGUUCUUAUGCACGACAAAAAGCGGAGUGCCUGGAUACAGCCCUUAGCUGUGGUAUAUUGGCACCAAAUCAGCAACCAGGACCCAAACUAUCCAGUUUACAAUUAUCUUUUGACCUAACUAAAACCAAAAUCUUCUUCUCCCUCUCAUCAUCAGACUCUCCCCUGGGCUCUCCCUCCCUCCCCUCCUCCAGUGGUGGCAUGGGCAGCAGUGGUCUGUCCCAGGGCUCCUACGCCUCGUCCCCCCUCAGCCUCUUCCGCCUGCAGGAGCAGUUCCGCCAGCACAUGGCCGCCACCAACAACAUGGUCCACUACCCCUCCUUUGACAUGGGUACCCCCUCCUCCCUGCCCUACCUAGGCAUGAACGUCAACAUGCCCUCCCCCCUGAGCUCCCUGCCCUGCCAAUCCUACUACCAGUCCCUGUCCCAGGCAUCACUGUCCCAGGCCCAGCAGGUGUGGAACAGCCCCCUGGCAGGUCUCCAGGCUCCUCCGGGCAGCAUUCCCAGCCUCAACAGCAAGACCACCAGCAUCGAGAACCUGCGUCUGAGGGCCAAGCAGCACGCUGCCUCCCUGGGCCUGGACACACUACCCAAC